AUGCCGGAGUCCACGGAACCCAUGGCGGAAGCCCGGCUUAACGCGGACCUAUCCUUCCUUCGAGGAGUCCUGGCCAGAAUCUUCUUCCCUGGCGAGGAAAAACAAGCCCAGGCGAUACGAGUUAAGGCAGCUCCCAGGCUAGAAGCCAACCUAGAGGGCAGCGCCCCUCGUCCACUGAAAUUCGUCCUCGGAUCGAUGGAGGAAACUAAGUCUGUAUUCCAGCGUGCCUUCCACCUGAAAGAGGAGCCCGUCAGGCUACUACGCGACCUCGACGCGGACGAACGGCAGAAGCUGAGGCAGGAAUUAGCCGAGAUCCAUGAGCGUCGAGCAAGUGGUGAACAAGAUCUCUUCAUCCGGGAUUUUCUGGUCCAGAGGAGGCGUCCACAUUUCCGGUGGAGCCCUCUUGCAAUACCGAACAGAGAGUCUCCCCCGGCGUAA